AUAAUGGGUUUUGAAGACAAUGGCAUACUUCUAGACCGAACUAAAAAAAUUGCUGACAAAUCCAUGGUUUUUAUGGUCUGUGGAAUAAUGAAAAAGUGGGAGCAGCCAUUGGCCUAUUUUUUGAAUGAGGGUGGCUUGAAAACUGAUAUGCUGGCUGCCACUAUUAAGAGCAUUGUAAGAUGCUGCCAAGAUGCAGGUUUAAAGGUCAGAACAAUUAUUUGUGACCAGGGCACUGCCAACAUUGCUGCCAUAAAUAAAUUGUAUAAGGAGACUCGAGAACAUUUUAUUAAAUCUCGUGAAGAAAAUAAACUUUUUGGCGUUUUAAUUGGUGGGACAGAAAUAGUUCCACUUUAUGACCCAUCACAUCUUCUAAAGGGUAUGAGAAACAAUUUCUUUAGAUACCCAGUGGUAUUUAAAUGGAGAAAAAACGUCAAUGAAAUGGGCAAAUGGAAGCACAUUGUGCAAUUAUAUAUGAUCUGGACAAACUAGAAGGAGGAUUACAAAUUAUGCAAGAAAUUAAUAAUGGCCCACGUAGAAAAUACUAGAAAAAUGAAAGUAUCAGUAGCAGCACAAGUUUUUAGUACAACUGUAGCAGCAACAAUGAAAAGGUUAUCACAGAAGGAAAGUUGGCUACCAAAAGAAGCCGAAGGAACAACAGAAUUUCUAUUAAUCAUGGAUAAAGUUUUUGACAGCGUAAAUGGUUCCAAAUUGACUGUAACCAGUGGAAAAGAAAUUGGUGUGCUGUCACAAAAAAAACAAAACACAAAGAUUCCUUUAUUCGUGUUUUUUUUACAGGGACUGCCUGAAGAUGAGGAGGAGGAGAAUACAGAAGAGACAUUUAGUGAAGUCCCAGACAACGUGCCACCAAUUUCACACCCCAUCGAGACACAAGCUCUCCGAUAUAUUUCGGGAUAUUUAAUCAAAAAAAUUGCAGCAACGGCCCCGACUUGCAACUGUAAGGAACUUCUUCUAAAAAAGAGCUCUGAUGUUGAAGAAAGCGAAUUGUUUUUAAAGGUACUAUCCUCUGGGUUUGAAAUUGAUCCAGAAAAAUAUCAGAUUUAUGCAGACCGAACUCUAGCUAUGUACUUAGAACACUACAGUUGGUACUAUUUGCCGGUGACUGUGCAUAAAAUCUUGGUACAUGGCUCAGCCAUCAUUAAAAAUGCGUUAAUCCCAAUUGGACAACUAUCCGAAGAUGCGCAAGAGUGCAUGCAUAAAGAUAUUAAGAAAGUGCGAGAAUACAACACCAGAAAAUUUUCCAGGAAAGCUACAAUGCAGGAUUUAAUGCAUCAUCUUUUAGUGGCAUCAGAUCCAGUAAUAAAUAGCUUUAGAAAUAAAACUAGUAAACCUUUAAAACAGUUUUCACCUGAGGCUUUGGGUCUUUUAAAAGCACCAGAUAUGGAAUUGGAAAGAAUUUAUGAGAGCGAUAUCGAUAGCGAUAAUAAUAGUGACAGUGAGACUGAUUAA